AUGUAUUACUUCCUCAAAUCAGAAGGAGUGGAUUUAUGGGAUAAAAUUGAAAAUGAUCUCUUCAUUCCUAUCGAAGUAGCAGAUGGUGAGCAUGUGCCAAAGACAAAGGGUGAAUGGAGUGAGCAUGAUAAGUAUAUGUUUUCCUUUAAUAUAAGAGCUAUGCAUAUGUUGAAAAUUUCUUUAAAUGAUUUUUAUUAUGCUAAAAAUUCUAAAUGCUCCAAUGCUAAAGAUAUAUGGGAUUCUCUUGAUUCUAUGUACAAUUCUAACCAUUGUUGUCAAGCUGAUAAAGUUGAGAACACAAAAAACUAUUCCUCUUAUCAACAAAUGGAGCAAGUGCCACAAGUGGAUAACCCUUAUAAACAAAGCUUCAAAGAACACUCCUUGAUUGACAUGUACUUAAUUGCUUUAGAAGAUGAUGAAAAAGAAUUAAGAAGAAUGAGAAGCAUGGAAUGUUCAAUGUUCACAAGAUGUGAAGGUGAAGAGAUCGAUGAUGAAGUUGCCCAAAUGUACUUCAUGGCAAUGGAGGAAAGCUCCAUUGAGGUACCUUUAAAUGAUGAUGUUAUUGAAUUUGCUUAUGAUGAACUAGUUAGUGCUCUUAAAGUCAUGAAUGAUGAACUUGAAUUAAGUCAUAAGAAAAAUAAACUUUUGAAAAGUGAGCUUGCUAGUUUAAGAAAGGAGAAUGAGACCUCAUCUAAGGAUGAUAAACCUUUAGAUAAUAACUCUCUAAGGCCUCCAAGCAUCAAGUAUGGACUUAGCUAUAGCAAAUUUGUCCAAGCACCUCCUUCGAAGAUCAUUUUUGUUAAAGCAUCUAGUUCUUGUGAGCCUAGUUUCCAAGUGCUUAGUCCAAAGGUGUGCUUGAAAUCCUCAAUGUUUGAUAGCAAGUGGUAUUUGGAUAGUGAAUGUUCAAGACACAUAAUCCAAAAUGCUAACCUUUUCCUUUCACUUGAAAAGAAAUAUGGAGGUGGGCAAGUGACCUUUGCUGAUAAUGGUAAAGGUAAAAUUGUGAAAAUAGGUAAGAUUGCUAAGGAAAACUCCCAUAUUCUUGAUAAAGUACUUUUGGUUGAUGGUUUAAAGCAUAAUUUGCUUAGUGUUAGUCAAUUGCGUGAUAAGGGUUGUAGAGUUAUUUUUGAGUUUAAAUCUUACUUUGUGUCUAAAAUGUGUGAUAACAAAAUGUUGUUUGUUGGUGAAAGAGUAGAAAAUAACUAUGUUAUUGAUUUGCACGCUUUGUCUAACAAAGAUAUCAAGUGUUUUGUUUUUACUAGUGAUGACUCUUGGACUUGGUAUAGAAGGCUUGCACAUGCUAGCAUGGACCUUAUUGCAAACUUGAACAAGGAUGAGCUAGUUGAUGGGCUUCCAAAGAUCAAGUUUCAAAAGAACAAGGUGUCUGAUGUAUGCCAAAUGGGUAAGCAAGUCAAGAGAACUUUUAAAUCUAUUCAUAAGGUAUCUACUUCUAGACCCCUUCAAUUGUUGCAUAUAGAUUUGUUUGGUCCAACUAGAGUAGCUAGCUUAGGUGGUGCAUAUUAUACUUUUGUGAUUAUCGAUGACUACUCUAGGUAUACUUGGGUCACAUUCCUUACUCAUAGGGAUGAAUAUUUUGAUGUUUUUGAGAGAUUUUCAAAAAAGGUUCAAAAAUAA